GGUAAAGUUUCUGCCAGUGGAGUGUGUUACAGAGGAUCUAAUUUCAAAAUGCAGAGGUUCAGGUCAUUCCUGUUCCAGGUGUGUGUGUGUCUGGUGGUUUAUAUCAGCUCUUGCAUCUGUAAACCUCUCAAUAACGACAUUCAGAGUGAGGAAGCUGAGGGACUCUACGCUCUGAUGUCAGAGGAGGACCUUCUGGAGGAGGAAGACUCCAGGAUGGAGAACCUCCUGGGAACCAUGAAGGAGGGAUUUCUGAGGAAACUCAACCUGUCGGACGUUCCUCAGGAGAACAGCAAGAUCUACCCUCCUCAGUUCAUGAUGGAGCUCUACAACAAGUACGCCUCGGACAGCUCGGCAAACCCUCAGUCUGAUGUCAUACGAAGCUUCACUGUGCAAGAUAUCCCUUUCUCUGUGACGAACGGCACAAAGUCAAAGCACAGGCUGCAGUUUAACGUCAGCAUCCCCAAGCAUGAAAAUAUCACUUCUGCCGAACUGCAGCUGUUCUUCUACCCGGACUCCAGUUCAAAGGUCAACUCCCCAAAUUUCAAAGCCACCGUCAAAGUCUAUGAAGUGGAUUACAACGAUUUCACCUCCACCACCCAACUGCUGGCGGGCAAAGAGGUGACGGGUUUGGAGAGCACGUGGGAGACGUUUGAUGUGACCACAGCCAUUCAGAGAUGGAUCAAAUGUGGCCACCAUGCAAUUGUUUUUGAUGUAGUGGUGGACAGGAAGGACUGUGGAGCCUCCUCUAACGAUGGAGAAGAAGGAGAAGGAUGUCUGAAUAUGAGCGUGUCUGUUGGAGAUAACACUUCAGCAGCUUUGAUCGUCUUCUCAGAUGAUCUUGGUAGCAGGAGAAGGGAAACAAAGAAGGAAUUAAAAGAGAUGAUUCUCCACGAAGAAGAAUCCAUCUUGCACUCGGGCGCCGAUUGGUACAAUGGAAAUGAGCUUCCCAACGAAAUCCCGGAGGCUCAGCACCCACGGAGAAGGAAAAGAAAGGCAGAGAGGGAACACUGCCAGCGGACCUCUCUCAAGGUCAACUUUAGAGACAUCGGAUGGGACAGUUGGAUCGUGGCACCUCCAGAAUACGACGCCUUCGAAUGUCGGGGCCUGUGUUACCAACCGCUGACGGGUGAAAUGAAGCCAUCAAAACACGCCCUCAUCCAGGCGCUGAUGAACAUAAGGAACCCGAAGAUAGCCAACAUGGCGUGCUGCGUCCCCAUCAAACUGGACCCCAUCACGGUCAUGUAUCAAGAGAACGGACGCCUCACUAUAAGAUAUCUGUACGAAGAGAUGAAGGUGGCAGAGUGUGGCUGCAGGUAGUCAGGAGGGGUUGGUUUACUCUGUUGGUAGUACAGGAGAUACUAAUGGUUUCAAGACUGCAUUUCAUUGAAGUCAGUCUGAUGGAGAAUUGGGAGAAAUGUACCCCAGAUAUAAGAAGAAGAAGUAAGAACAAAUGUGUGCAUCUUAUUUCUUAAUAAAUAGGUAGAUAGUAGAUUAAAAAUAUCCAACUAUUCCUCAACCCACAUUUCAGUACAAGUUACAUGAGUUACAUUUUAUAACAUGACUGACCGCUAAUAGUUGUUAAGAUAUUUCAUAUUUCAACACUGUACAAAGUGGUGGACAGAUUUACUGACAUGCCUAAAUGCUAGCUUUGUUUUGUUUCAAGCAUUUAACAUGAUUUAACACCACCAGGCAGAACAAUGGAAUCUAUAUUGUGUAUUAUUUAAUAAUGGUUAUAUGUACAUAAAUGAUUAAUCGUA